CACUGCCCCCUCGCGUACCGUAACCGGCCUUCAGUAGUUGCUCGCGAGCAGCACUUGCCCCACACAGUCCGUUGAAGGCUAUACGGGGGACCUUUGCCUUUGAUCGGCGUGUACGUGGACAUCUGCGCGCGCGCGUAUUAAGGCAAGCCGGGCUGUACCAUUGUGAGCUCUGAGAGAGAGAGAGAGAGGGGGGGGAGGAGGGGGGAAAUCCUGUGAGGAUGAUGAUGAUGGUGGUGGUGGUGCCUGUGUGCAAGGCACAAUCGAGAGGAAAUCCCGCUGCAGCUGAUCGCAUGAUCACGUAACCUCCACCACCGUCAUCAUCAUCAUCUUCAUCAUCGGAACAACGAUCAUCAUCAUCGGAACAACGAUCAUCAUCAGUCGUUUCAAAGAAAAUACACGCGAGAUUAAUUCGACCGAUUGCACUAGCAGUUGGCGUGAAUGAUUAUGGAAAUCAUAGCAUUUAUGUAUUAUUAUUAAUUAAAUACACGGAUAUCAUCACAUCGAUGCAAUCGGAGACGCUUGAUUUUGGUCGACUAAGUGGAGCCAUGAAUUUGACGGGGGUGCCGCUGCUGCUGUGCGUGGCUGCCUGCGGGAUGGUGGCCGCCCUGCUCCUCUACGGCUCUCUGCUCCUCCAGGAGGACUUGAUGGUCGUGGGGAGCCACCCCGGGGGUCCCCUCUCCCGCCCGGCGUCCCCCCACGGGGAGAGGGGCAUGGACCCCCGCGGAGUCUACAUCCUGCCGGGGUACGCCUCCAUCCACGGGCAGCAGGUGCGGCCCACUCCACGUUACCAUGGGUUGUGAGCCGCUGCGCAUGCGCUGUGGCGACUGCGCCCUCAUCACGAGCUCGGGCCACCUGCUGGGGGCGGGCCUGGGCCCCGCGGUGGACAGCACGGAGUGCGUCAUCCGCAUGAACGACGCCCCCACGCGCGGCUACGAGCGUGACGUCGGCUCGCGCACCACCCUGCGCGUGGUGGCUCACUCCAGCGUGGCUCACCUCGUCAAGCACCACGGGCACUUGCUCUGGGCCGGCAACGCGACGCACCCCGGCGCCGCUGUGGUUUUCUGGGGCCCCUCGGACCGCAUGCGAGCCGGCGGAAAGGGCCCCACGUUCGGCCUCCUGCGGCGGCUCGCCAGGGCCGUGCCUCGCCUGCGGGCCCACAUCGUGACGCCCCGCAAGAUGCGCACCUUCGACGAGCUCUUCAGGCACGAGACGGGCAAGGACAGGAAGUCAUCGCAGUCCUGGCUGAGCACUGGCUGGUUCACGAUGGGCGUCUCUCUGGACGUGUGCGACCGCCUGCACGUGUAUGGGAUGGUGCCCCCCAGCUACUGCAAGUCCCCCCAGCACCGGCGCGUGCCGUACCACUACUACGAGCCAGCGGGCGCCGACGAGUGCUCAAUGUACAUCUGGCACGAGCGCGGGCGCCGCGGGAGCCACCACCGCUUCCUCACCGAGAAGCGGGUGUUCGGCCGCUGGGCCAGGGCCUACAACAUCACCUUCUCGCACCCGGCCUGGCACGAGUAACGUGGGGGCACCCACCCAGGACCCACCUGGACCCACUUGGACCCACCUAGACCCACCAGGACCCAUCCAGAUCCACCUAGACCCACUUAGUCCCACCAGUACCCGCCUAGACCCACCAGGAUCCAGCAGGACCCACCCAGACCCACCAAACCCGUAAAGACCUACAUAAGCUCACCAGAACCUACCAGAACCCAAUGGAACCCACCAAAAGCCAUCCAGACCCAAAACCUACCAAAACCCACCAGAAGCCCCACCAGAACCCACCUAGACCCACCCAGACCCACCUAGACCCACCUAGACUCACCGCAGCCUACUAGAACCCACCAGAACCCACCUAGACCCACCCAGACCCACCUAGACCCACCUAGACUCACCGCAGCCUACUAGAACCCACCAGAACCCACCUAGACCCACCCAGAUCCGCCUAGACGGAACCAUAACCCAACUAGAACUGACCAGGACCCACCUACCCCACCUACCCCCACCAAAACCCACCAGAACCCACCAGGACCUACCAGCACCCACAAGAACCCACAAGAACCCACAAUAACCCACCGGGAUCCACCAAGACCAACCAACGCUAUCCGCUGUGUCUUCGCCCUCCCACACACGCGGUGAGUGGGCCAAAAAACAGUCAGUCCCAACGAUAUUUUUGAAGGACGAGUGAACGAUAGAGACUCACGUGGAGACCCAGAGGCUCACACAGAUUGAGUUGUGAUUAAGCCGGGUUCUGAAGGAAUGCGAGUGAGUUUGAUGGUCUCAGACCGACUAUAUUUUUGAAGUCAGUGAAAGAUAAAGCCCCACAUAGGCUCACACAGAUUGAGUUGUGAUUAAGCUGGGUUCUUAAGGGAAAUGAGUGAGUUUGAUGGUCUCGGACCGAUUAUAUUUUUCAAACGCGAGUGAACGAUAGAGACUCACAUAGAACCCCAUAGGCUCACACAGACUGCGUUGUGAGUGAGUUGAUGGUCUCAGACCGGCCACAAAUGACUGCACAAAAAGAAGGCAUCAAAUGAGAUUUAGUUCUGCGCUUAAUUUUGCCAAAUUACAGCUCAGAGAAGUUAAAAAAACAGAUAUCGGUUUGACCGCCAGGUGAUUGACGUUUCAGGAGGUCAUGGGUUCGAUUCCGACCCUGACGAUGCCUGCUGUAUAUUUGGAGUUUGCGUGUCUCUCUCCCCGUGGUGGCCGCGUGGAUUUGUCUCUUUAUAAACGCAUAGAGUAAACUUGCGUUUAUAAAGUAUUUGUCUCCUGCUAUAAAUGUCCACGUGAUGAUAAGCCACUUCGUUGAGCUUGUGGCCGGGUUCGCUGCUUGACAGCUCAAUGGGGCCUUACCUGGUAAAAUAAAAACAACUACAAGUUUAGUUUAGAUUAUGCACUGCACCAGGUAACACUGUUUUUUUUUAAAGACUGAGUCGACCUAGACGAGGCCCAGGCCCGGUUCAGGUAUUCGUCACUGUACCAGCUCAUCGCUCUCGUAGAGAGAAGAAAGAGAGGGGACGACCCAGAGAGAGACAGAGAGCGACUCAGAGAGAGAGAGAGGGGACGACUCAGAGAGAGAGAGAGGACGACUCAGGGAGAGACAGAGAGCGAC